UUCACCGACCGGCGUAUCUCACAACUGAGAGUGCUCUUCAAAGCGAGUGGUAUAAAUAGCGGCGAAUGUCUAGUGAGGCGGCGCACAAGUCAAUUGUCUGACUUCCAAUACGUUUUGUAUUAAUUCUAAAAUUUAUUAAACGCAUAAAUUCUACUAAAUUGUAGACAAAAUGGCAAAUCCGAAUCAAACACCUAAGUAUACAAAGCUUUUUAUCAACAAUGAGUUCGUCGACGCUGUAUCUGGUAAAAAGUUUCCAACCAACAAUCCUGCAAAUGGUAAACUGAUAGCGCAAGUUGCUGAGGGUGAUAAGGCUGACGUUGACUUGGCUGUAGCUGCCGCAAAGAAAGCAUUCCAUAGAAACUCCGAAUGGCGCAAACUGAGUCCACUCCAACGCACGGAGCUGAUAAACAAACUGUGCGACCUUAUGGAGCGUGAUAAGAGCAUAUUGGCUAGCCUUGAGACACAAGAUAAUGGCAAGCCUUACGCUGACUCUGUUUUCGAUAUCGACAUCGCUAUUAUGACAUUUAAAUACUAUGCUGGCUGGACCGACAAGUUUUUCGGCGAUACCAUUCCCGGUGGUGAUUUCAUUGUACAGACACGUAAAGAACCCGUAGGCGUGGUUGGUCAAAUCAUUCCAUGGAACUACCCCAUACUUAUGUUGUCCUGGAAGUGGGCGCCAGCUCUCGCUGUUGGUUGUACGAUCGUCUUGAAACCAGCUGAACAGACACCACUUACUGCCCUGCAUUUGGCUGCUUUGGCUAAGGAAGCUGGUUUUCCUGCUGGUGUCAUCAAUGUUAUACCCGGUUAUGGUCCGACGGCUGGUGCUGCGUUGGCAAACCAUCACGAUGUACAAAAGGUCGUCUUCACCGGCUCGGUAGACAUCGGGCGCAUCGUUAUGCAUGCGGCGGCACAGUCGAAUUUGAAGCGUGUUACGCUGGAACUGGGCGGCAAGAGUCCCGUAGUGGUGUUCGAUGAUGCUGACAUUGACUUGGCGGUGGAUAUUACGCACGAAGCACUUUUCGCCAAUCAUGGUCAGAGUUGCUGCGCCGGCAGUCGCACAUAUGUGCACGAAAAGAUUUACGAUAAGUUCGUAGCCAAAGCUGUGGCAGCAGCCAAAGCCCGCAAAGUGGGCGAUCCAUUCGACGAGUCCGUCAAACAGGGUCCUCAAAUCGAUGAGGAAAUGAUGAAUAAGGUUCUGGGUUAUAUCGAAAGUGGCAAACAAGAGGGUGCCAAAUUGCAAUGCGGUGGAAAGCGCGUGGGUAAUGUGGGCUACUUUAUCGAACCAACUGUAUUCUCGGAUGUUACGGAUAAAAUGAGGAUCGCACAAGAGGAGAUUUUCGGACCUGUUUUGUCAAUCUUCAAAUUCAGCAAUAUUGAGGAGAUAAUUGAUCGUGCCAACGACGUAGAAUACGGUUUAGCAGCUGGCGUUAUCACCAAUGAUAUCAACAAGGCGACGAAAUUCGUUAAUAACGUUAAUGCCGGUUCCGUUUGGAUCAAUUGUUAUGAUGCCGUACUACCGCAAACUCCAUUCGGUGGGUACAAGCAGUCCGGCAUCGGCCGUGAGCUGGGCAAAGAUGGUUUGGACAGUUAUCUGGAGACUAAGACCAUCACAAUGAAGUUGGUCUAGAGUGUAGAAUACAGUGUGUGAACUGAAAUACGAAAAUAUGUUUAUAACAUUUUUUGCGCUUUUUUAUAAAUCUGUAUUCCACAUUAUAGAAUAUUAUCAUAUAUCAGUGCUUACAUACGCACAUACAUAUAUAAAGUGGUUACCAAUGUUAAAAAUACCAAUACAUAUUGAAUUAAAUAAAUAUCUUAUAUUUUUUAUAACAUAAUAA